CUCUCAAUCAUAUUCUCUGCUCUCUUUUCAGUCCUUUCGUCCAAUCACCUCUAACUCUCUCUCUCUCUAUAUAUUAUAUCUAUAUAUUUCUGCUAGAGAGAGAAACAAGUAAAAGGAGUAAUUGAGUGAAAGAAAGACAAUUCUCUCUCCUCACGUCUUCACGUUUCUCCCCCUUUUCUUUCUCUCUCCUCCGAUCAUGGCGAGGUAUCUGUCGAUUCUGUUAUAGAUUCACCUCUAAUUGGGUUUAUGUUAUCGUUGAAACAUCUCCUUACUACUCAGUUCUAGGGUUCGCUCACUUAAUACUUCCUCUUUCAGGUUUCUUAUUUAUUCAGAAAGGUAAUGCUAUGCGGCAGUCUUCAGAUUAUUUCUCUUCGGGUCCUUCGAAGUUUCCAUCAAUGAACACAUCUAAGGAAUUGGGAAGUGGACCAUGGGGGAUUUCAUCUGGAUCCGAAUCCUUUCACACUUCAAGUGAUGCUACCCUUUUCUCAAGCUCGUUACCUGUUCUUCCCCAUGAAAAGUUGAACUUAAAUGAUAGUUGUCAAUCUAUUGAUGACGUCUCAUCUAGCUUGAACAAAUUUCACCCAGAUGUGGAGGGUAUUGACUUGCUUGAGGAUGAUGAAAAUAAUGCAAUAGGAAGCUUGCUUCCUGACGAUGAGGAUGAGCUUUUAGCUGGGAUAAUGGAUGAUUUUGACCUAAAUGGUUUACCUAAUCGAGUUGACGACUUGGAAGAGUAUGAUCUUUUUGGUUGUGGAGGAGGUAUGGAAUUGGAAGAUACACAAGACUUGAGUAUGAAUAUGUCAAAGGUAAGUUUAUCUGAUGGUGUUGUUGGGAAUGGGGUGGCUCAUUAUGGUCUUCCAAAUGGUGUUGGUACUGUUGCCGGAGAGCAUCCAUAUGGAGAGCAUCCGUCCAGAACAUUAUUUGUUCGGAACAUCAAUAGUAAUGUUGAGGACUCAGAGCUAAAAACUCUCUUUGAGCAAUAUGGUGAUAUCAGAACUCUGUACACCGCAUGUAAGCAUAGGGGCUUUGUGAUGAUAUCUUAUUUCGACAUUCGUGCUGCUCGAACUGCUAUGCGGGCAUUACAAAACAAGCCAUUGCGGCGGAGGAAACUGGAUAUUCACUUCUCAAUUCCAAAGGAUAACCCAUCCGACAAGGAUAUUAAUCAAGGAACUUUGGUAGUUUUUAAUUUGGAUCCUUCAGUUUCUAAUGAUGACCUCCUUCAGAUAUUUGGGGCUUAUGGCGAGGUUAAAGAGAUAAGGGAAACGCCACACAAAAGGCACCAUAAAUUCAUUGAAUUUUAUGAUGUUAGAGCCGCAGAAGCAGCACUUAGGUCCUUAAAUAGGAGUGACAUAGCUGGCAAACGCAUAAAGCUUGAACCUAGUCGCCCUGGGGGAGCUCGUCGAAACCUUAUGUUGCAACUGAAUCACGAGCUUGAACAAGAUGAAGCUCGAAGUUUUCGACAUCAAGUGGGUUCCUCUCCUCCAGGUAACUGGCCACAGUUUGGUAGUCCUUUAGAACAGAGUCCUCUGCAAAGUCUUAGUAAAUCCCCCGGUUUCAGGUCUCUGAGCCCUACUGUUGGUAAUAACUUACCUGGAUUAGCCUCCAUUCUGCAUCCUCAAGUGUCAAACUUUUCAAGGGUUGCACCUAUUGGCAAGGAUCCCGGAAAGGGUAGUCAUGCAGAACAUAUAUUCACCAACACAAAUUCAAACCAUGGAGCUGCCUUUUCGCAGUCUCAUUCAUUUCCUGAGCCAAAGUUGUCAUCUGUUGGUGCUUCAAGUUCAAAUGGAUCUGGUAUUGAAACACUGUCUGGACCACAGUUUCUUUGGGGAAGUCCCAAUUUGUACCCAGAGCAGAACAAUUCUUCUGCUUGGCAGACACCAUCUGUGGGGCAUCGAUUUACAACCAAUGGACAGAGCCACGGGUUCCCAUACCCUGGUCGCCAUGGAUCUUUACUCAGUUCAUCUCAACACCAUCACCAUCAUGUCGGAUCUGCUCCGUCGGGUGUUCGGAACUUUGGUUAUUACCAGGAAUCUCUGGAACCAUCAUUCAUGAGUCCUGUUGCUUUUGGAGGCAUGGGUUUAGGCCAUAAUGACAGGAGUUUCAUGGUGAAUGUGGGUGCUCAUGCUUCUGUGAAUUCUGGCAUCGCCGUAUCAGGAAACAUGUCAGAAAAUGGUUCUCCUGGUUUCAGAAUGAUGUCUUCCCCACGGGUUAGUCCCAUGUUCUUAAGUAACAGUCAUUUCCCAGGACUGACACCUACCAACAUGGAGAAUUUGAUUGAACGUGGACGGAGCCGACGUGUUGAGAACAAUGGGAACCAGAUAGACAGCAAGAAACAGUUUCAGCUUGAUUUGGAUAAGAUUAUAAGUGGGGAAGAUACGCGGACAACUUUAAUGAUUAAAAAUAUCCCAAAUAAGUACACCUCGAAGAUGUUGUUAGCUGCCAUUGAUGAAAAUCAUAGGGGUACUUAUGAUUUCCUGUACCUGCCCAUUGAUUUUAAGAAUAAAUGCAAUGUGGGCUACGCGUUUAUCAAUAUGUUGUCUCCUACGCACAUCAUCCCAUUUUACAAGGCGUUUAAUGGGAAGAAAUGGGAGAAGUUCAAUAGUGAGAAGGUUGCUUCCUUGGCAUAUGCCCGAAUCCAGGGAAAGGCGGCUCUUGUCACACACUUUCAGAAUUCAAGCUUGAUGAAUGAAGAUAAGCGUUGCCGGCCAAUUCUCUUCCACUCAGAGGGGUCAGAGGCUGGUGAUCAGUUCAUCCAGGAACAUCUUCCAUCCAAUAGUUUGAAUAUCCAAGUCUAUCAGUCAAAUGGGUCACGCUCUGGGAACUCUCCAGGAAGCCCUUCGAAAGAUGGUUCAGGCGAGGAGCCUGAGGAGAGCUAACAGUGGCGUCUAAGCAGAUUGCCCUUGGCCCAAAUUGGUGGCGGAUGUGAGUGCUAACUAUCGCUUAUGUGUAUAAAAAUUAGAUGGAGAUGAACAAAAGAAACAGGCUUGCAGAUUUUGUGUAUCAUAGUUCUAUGUUUUGCCAGAAAGCUUUGAAAGCAGCAGCUGAAGCAUUUUGGUGUAUGUGCGGAUCAAUGGUUUGACAUAUUUAGGGAUCAGAAUAAGGUGAAGCAUGUAGCUGAAACUGAAUCUUCCCAGCUGCCAAAUUCAUUGGUCACCGUGAUGUGCAUGAUAUUUCUUUUCUUCCCAUUUUGAAGUCCUUUUAAAUUUUUGUGAGUUGAAUUUGAACUCAGCCUGCAGAUAUGAUGUUUAUAUGGGUGUCUUGAAGGUUGAAGUUUUGGGUUGGUAAUUUAUGGUGGGGACUUUACAAAUUGUAUAGUGGGGAGAAAAGCUGCUUCUUGUUACUCUUAUUUCACCAUUGUUGACAUGAAAUGAGAAAUAUGUAUUUUGGACAUGUUAUGGCACGAAUACUGUUCAUAUCUUCUGGUUUUUAUUUUCAAUAGCAGAAGAGGUGACCUUUCAUCUUUAUAUACAUGGACGGACCUUUGAAAUGA